AUGGCCUGGAUUGAAUUAGAAUAUAUUGAUUCUACAGCUCGCAUCACACGUAUUUACCAAGAUGAGAUGCCCAUGGAACACGCUCGUUGUCCUCAUAUGCUAGCUGAGAUAUCGAGCCGACAGCCACCAAGGGACGAAUCUGUGACCCACGAAGCUAGGCUGGCAGCUAAUCAGUUAAUCCUCAAACAUGCGCAGGAAGGUGGGGAUCUCGAUGUUAGACACAUCGCGCUCGAAACCAGCUCUGCGCGAACACAAUAG